AUGUAUCACCGUAUUCCGUCGCUAGUGGAACCGUUUCUCAGGAGAGUCUCGGCGCGUUGGCCGGUCAUCGUUCAGGCUACAACGUGGACGGUGCUCCUCAUGGUAACUGUAGCCGUGGCUUCUUUCGCUCCCGAGUUGGCGUUUGUGUCUACGGUUUCGUCUUCGUGCGGACGAGGAGAUGGGUUCGUGAAGAUUCCGAUGGAUUUUCCGGGGGAGAGUGUGUGCGUGCCGUCUCACAUGGUGAAGAGAUCGCGUUUCGAUUUGUUCAUGCCUCCGAUAUUCGCGGCUGUUAUGGUGACGGCGUCUGCUUGUUUUAUCCGAUCGUGUUUUGGAACAGAGGACAUGGAAGAUGUAUGA